UUACUAUUCGUUUGAAUUGACAACAGACUUUUAAACUUGAAAAUUUCUGUUUUUUUCGCAAUUGUUUUCAUAAUUAAUUUACUUUUCUUUUUAUUUCGUUCCAAUUAUUUUUCUAUCGUCGGAUAAAAUGGUACUUUCAGAUCUUUCCAACCAAGAUCAACGGAUCAGAAACUUGCUCGGGGCAAGAAAAAAAUAUUCAGAUUAUACGAAAGAUCAAUGUAGAAAUGGUGCUAAAGAAAAAGCGGUUUUAAAGUCAAAGAUUCAAGAUAAUCAAGCAGAAAUCAUUAAAAUCAAGGAGGAACUGGAAAAGUAUCGACGAGAAUAUAACAAAAUAAUCAAGACGAUGGGAAAAGCUCAUGAAGAUGCUGUGUUUAGAGAGAGUGAAGAAGACAUUGUUAGUGAUUUAAUAAAACAAAGGAAUCGAAGAGUCAAGUCGAGAGCAGAAUUGGUUCUACUUGAGGAAGUUCAUCGAGCUAAAUUAAUGGACCUUAAGAAACAAUUGGAUAAGGAGAAAAUACUGAAACGUCGUCGAGAUGUAUUCCAAAUGAAAAGUCCAUCCCAAAAAGUGAGAGUUAAAAAGGAGCAUCAAGAGAAACUUGAUGAAUGGAAACAAUUUGAGGAAUUGGUUCAGCAAGAAAUUGAUAAACUGCGAGAAGAGAAAGAGCAGAAUCGUCUAAAGAGAAUUAUCAAUGAAACUAAUAGAAUUAAGUUACAACCGUUAAGACCCGAUAAACCAGCGAAAGUGAUUCCAAAAGUUUGCCUUAAACCGAAAACAAUUAAAAACGCUCAAGUACAAACAUCAAUUUGUAUUGAAGAAAAAGAAGUCAAUUUAUCGCUGGAAGAUGUUGAACCAGAAGAGAUUCAGAAAGUAUCAUCUUCGAGCCAAGCGAAUGUCCAGUUCGUACCCAUAAGCGUUAAACCAACGAAAAAAGUCAAUUCAAGUUUGGAAAAUUUACUCGCUAUUCGAGUAGCAGAAAAAAUGAACAAAAUGAGAGAGAAAGUGACUUUAACGGUUAAAGGACCAAUGACCACAACCAUUACUAAAGAUGCUGCAAUUAACACGAGCUGUUUGGCCGAGGAAGAACAAUCAAUCUCCGAUUUCUCUCAAACUUGUUAUUUACCUUUACCUGGUGAACUAAAAAGAUCCGCAAGUUUCACCAAAGGGAAAGUAAUUGAUGAGAAAGUUGAAAAUUCCAACGAGAAAGACGAAGCAUCUUCGACUGUUGAUUUAUCUCUUAUGAGUGGAAUCAAUUUCGAUGAUUUAGUCCAAAAGAUUCAACAGAUUAAGAACCUUGUCAACAAAGCAGAACCACCGAAAGAAACCAAAUCGAUUAAGAUAAUCAAGCGACCGGUAAUUGAUCCAAUCGAAGUUGUUAGUUCGACUGGUCAGAAUGUUCGACAGGAGAAUAAGAGUAAAAGUUCUAUUUUUGAUGAAUAUCGAAUCUCACCAGUUUCUUCGAUUUCUUCUUCUCCUUCUAUUUCUCCAACUCGAUCUCUUUCUCCCUGUGGAUUAGAUUCACCACAACCAUCAACACCAAAUUCAUCUUCUCCUCCACCUUCACCUCCUCGAGUACCAGGAUUGUCAGAAUCAUCUUCAUCUCCAUGUUUAUCUUCAGCAUCUUCAACUUCAUCUGAUGCUACAAUUAAGAAACUUGAUUCUCACCUCUCACUUGAAGAUGUUUCUCUAUCUGAUGAUCAAUCCCUGGAACAAGGUCGAUUUAACGACGAUAGUUUAUCAAUUGUUCAACCUCGAUCACUUCAAGUUUCACUUGAUUUCUCUCAGUUCUCCAAAUUAUUAAACGUUGAUAAAGAUAAACUUUGGGCCGAUGUAUUAGACCUCGCCGGUGUUAAUAAAUCAACGACUUUUACGAAAACCCCAAUUCGUAAAUAUCCAAAAAAAUACACACAAUCAACUCCUAAAACACGCACAACUAAAGACAGUGUAGUUUUUAACUGUUCAACAAAUCAAGUCACCAUACCAAAUUGAUAAUCGAAAUUAGUAAUAACUUCAAAAGUAAUAUUUUACAAUCAAUUUAUGAGUAAAACUAUUUUGACUAAAAAGAUGAAUGUUUUGAUAUAACAAUUAAUGUACAGUUUGAUGAUUGUUUAAUUGUCUGAAAUAAAAUCAACUUAACAACUAAGUGUUCAAACCGAUAA